AUGGAGACGUUUAAGAAAUCUUUCUGUGCAACUAUUUUUGUUUUGUUUUUGGUACUUUGCGAUGUUUCUCUAGCUACAAUUGAGAAGAAAACGGAGAACCAACAAAGUACGUACAUUGUCCACGUGGCUAAAUCCGAAAUGCCAACAAGCUUCGAUCACCACUCAGUCUGGUAUGAAUCGAUUAUGAAAUCAAUAUCCAACUCGACAAAAAUGCUUUACACGUACGAAAACGCGAUUCAUGGAUUCUCAACAAGACUAACACCUGAAGAAGCCUUGUUGCUAAAGAGCCGAACUGGGAUUCUAAAGGUGGUAGCGGAGAAAAUUUACAAGCCACUCACAACACGAACACCGCACUUCCUUGGGCUCAAUAAAAUCGCUAAUAUAUUUCCCAAAUCAAAUCAAGGAAGUGACGUCAUUAUCGGAAUCCUCGACACUGGUGUUUGGCCCGAAAGCAAGAGCUUCGACGACACCGGACUGGGACCCAUCCCUAGUAACUGGAAAGGCGAAUGUGAAAUAGGUGACAAUUUCACUGCUUCAAAUUGCAACAAGAAAUUGAUAGGAGCUAGGUUCUUCGUAAAAGGUUACGAGGUCUCGAUGGGUCCUGUUACUGAUAUCAAGCAUUCUAAAUCGCCACGAGACGAUGACGGCCACGGCACCCACACUGCAAGCAUAGCUGCAGGGUCUGCAGUGAAUGGCGCGAACCUCUUCGGUUUCGCUUCCGGUACGGCUCGUGGGAUGGCCUCACACGCGAGAGUGGCUGUCUACAAGGUUUGUUGGGGAGAUUCUUGUGUUGAGUCUGAUAUAAUGGCAGGACUUGACGCCGCCAUUUCUGACAACGUUAAUGUCAUUUCAGCAUCACUCGGAGGAGAAGCAGUGGAUUACGACGUCGACCACUUCGCAAUUGGAGCCUUUGCAGCAAUGGAGAAAGGGAUUAUAGUUUCAUGCGCUGCUGGGAACACAGGUCCUUAUCGCUAUACUGUCCAAAAUAUAGCACCUUGGAUGAUGUCUGUUGGAGCUGGCACAAUAGAUCGUGAUUUCCCAGCGUACGUUAUCCUCGGGAACGGACAAAACUUCUCUGGAGUGUCACUUUAUGAUGGCAAGUAUUUGCCCAAUACUCCUGUGUCAUUCAUAUACGCAGGGAAUGCAAGCGCAAAUAAGGGUGGAGAGGUGUGUGAGUUAGAUAGCUUGGAUCCGGAAAAGGUUAAGGGGAAAAUUGUGCUGUGUGACCAAGGACAAAAUUCUGGGGUGGAGAAAGGACUCGUGGUGAAAUCUGCUGGUGGUUUGGGCAUGGUGUUGGCCAAUGUGGAAUCCAACGGAGAGGAAUUGGUCGCAGAAGCCCAUCUUUUACCAGCCUCUGCAGUGGGCUUCAAGGCUGCGAAAGCCUUAAAAGAGUACUUAACAUCGACUCAAAAACCAACAGCUACACUUGUGUUUCAAGGAACAAGAGUUGGAAUUAAGCCAGCACCGGUUGUCACAGCAUUUAGCUCUCGAGGCCCAAGUAAAAUCACACCAGAGAUAUUGAAGCCUGAUCUCAUUGCGCCAGGUGUCAACAUCUUAGCAGCAUGGACGGAGCUUGUAGGUCCCACUAACAUGGUCCAAGAUAAUAGGCGCGUGGACUUCAACAUACUCUCGGGCACAUCCAUGUCAUGUCCUCACGCGAGCGGUAUAGCGGCUUUGGUCAAGUCGGUUUAUCCAAAUUGGAGCCCAGCUGCGAUUCGCUCUGCACUAAUGACCACAGCUUAUGCAACUUACAACGAUGGUCAAAAACUGCUGGAUAGUGCCACAAACGGGCCAUCAACACCGUUUGAUGUUGGUGCUGGACAUGUGAACCCGGUUGCUGCACUUAAUCCAGGGCUUGUCUAUGAUUUGACAGCGGAUGAUUAUCUCAACCUCCUUUGUGCAUUAAACUACUCAUCUGAUAUGAUUGAGGUCGUGGCUAGGAGAAAGUUCACAUGUGAUGCACAAAAACGCUACAGUGUAACGGACUUAAAUUACCCUUCAUUUGGUGUGGUGUUUAAACCAAUAGCGAGUGGGAAUGGUGCAACGACUGUUAAACACACGCGGACUCUAACUAAUGUGGCGGCCGCAGGAACAUACAAGGUAUCGACUACGUUGGAUAUUCCAUCUGUCAAUAUCACGGUAGAGCCAAGCGUGUUGAGCUUUAACAAAAAUGAGAAUAAAUCAUAUACAGUAACAUUUACGACAUCAGAUCCACCACCACCGAGUCAUUUUGGUUUUGGGCGUUUAGAAUGGUCAAAUGGAAAAAACAUUGUUGGAAGUCCUAUCUCAGUUAUGUGGGACUCUUGA